UGGGCUUGAGGUCAGAGCUCUGUGCAGGACACUCGAGUUCUUCUGCACCAAACGUAGCACACCAUGUCUUCAUGGACCUCACUUUGUUUGUUCAGGUAACAGUACUGAGUGAAUAUGAACUAAAAUGUACAUUAGCCUAUAAUGGAUGACUCCUGGAAAAGCAUGUUUAAAAGCAAGUAUUUUGAUUAUAUUUCAAGGGAAAGUGUAAUUAUUGUGGGAAAAGUGCUGUCUUUGUAGGUUAUAUUAAGGUUUCAAGUUUGUGAAGGGCACUUUACCUGCGUUUAAGAGGUCUUUUAUUUUACAUAUAUAUAUUUGUAAAUGUGAUAUCAGUGGAAUCACAAUCAUGGAAUGACCCCUGAAAAUUCAUAUUUUAGGAACUCUCAACCAUCCACUAAACCCUUAAGAGACCUUUCUUCCUGUAAGUGUCUUCAUUUUAAACUGUAAAGCAAAUACAGGAAACUGUAUUUAAUAUUUAUACUUUGAGUUGUAGCAGACUUUUAUUAUGAAGUAAGAAAAAAGGUUAAGUAAUAUCUCAAAUAAAGAAACCACAACUCCCAUGAUUCCUAGCAAGACUGACCUGAAUCGUAAUCUCCAGUUUCACAUUAUUUCUUUGUCUAAAAAUAAAUGUUUAGUCAUAAACACAGCUGUGUGUGUGUGGAGUAAAAUGAAGGAAGGGUUUUGAGUGUUGAUGCUAGCUGAAGUUGGGACAUGAUGGGACUAAACCAUUCAGCGGGGGUGAUGGACUGUACCAUUGUAAAUGACAGUGUUGCCCCUUAUAAUACACUGACAUAAACAUGGAUCCACCUGCAGGGAGGACGUGUUUUGGGGAAAUCGGUGUCACUAGUUUGGGCUUCUGGUCUGAGCGGACACCAAUGCAUGAGGCAGCGUCUUUAGGACAAGUUGAGAAGCUCCGGCUUCUGGUUGAAAGUGGUGCUUCAGUAAAUGCAGUGACAGUAGACAACAUGACCCCGCUCCAUGAUGCCUGCAUACAGGAUCACCCAGAGUGCGUUCGAGUGCUUCUGAACGCUGGCGCACAGGUGGAUGUACGGACCAUUCAUGGUAGCACCCCUCUGUGCCAUGCGUGUGCAGCAGGCAGUGUGGAGAGUGCGAGACUGCUUCUGGAGCAUGGAGCUUCAGUGAAUCCCUCCCUCACGGCCCUCACUGCCUCCCCACUGCAUGAGGCCUGCAUACAAGGUAAUCCAGAAUGUGUGAAGUUGGUUAUAUCAAAAGGAGCCUUGUUGGAGGCUUUUGACAUUUACUUUGGGACGCCGCUGCACGCCGCAUGCGCUAAAGCACAUCUGGAGUGCGCCUUACAGCUGCUCAAUGCAGGUGCCCGCGUGAAUGCUACAAAGUUCCAUGAGACGGCUCUGCACCACGCAGCGAGAGUGGGUCGGACGGACCUGAUUGAGCUACUGGUGGACUUUGGUGGAGACAUUAAUGUCAGGGACAACAUGGGACGCAAACCAAUAGAUUACACAACCCCUGGAUCCCUAUCUCACAUCUGUCUACAGCGCUAUGAGAGUUGUCCUCUGUCUCUACAGCAGCUGAGUCGUAUCACACUGAGGCGUGUCCUGGGCACCAGAGCGCUGCAGGUCAUCACCAAACUAGACAUCUCACAACGCAUCAUCAGUUACCUCAGUUACAAAUAACACAGCAAAACAAGUUUAUUGUGUUACUGUGAAAAUGGUAAUCAUGAGGAUGAACUCGGUUAGGAGGCUCAGGGGAAAAAACGCUCGUCUAAACAUUUUAAUGCUGUCACCAGCUGCUGAUUGUUCUAAAAUAUGCUGCAAGAAAUAUUUUCCAUGAUCUUAUGGUGCAUUAAUCAAACUGUUUGAUAUAAUGUGCAAACAUUUGAUUUAAUGUGCAGAGGACACUUAAUACAAGUUCAGCUUUAUGUUUGUUUCUUGAGAAAUAAGCCAGAAAUAGGUCCUGUGUCUCCUGUAAUGGAUAAAUAAUUAGUAUAUAAACUCUGUGGUUAAUAUAUACAUUGUGAUGUUAUAAAAACUAAGUGCUGGAUUCAGAAAGUUGUAGGAUUUUUGGAUUUGUUUCCCCCAAAAAUGUGGAACCUUCACUUACAACCUUUGCUUUGUCUUUACCUCUCUCUACUUUUUAAGACAGUAUGUUAGAAUAUUUAGAGUGAAAAAAAAUAUAUGUUUCCAAAUGUCGUAUAAAUGUGGACUUCAGCUCGCAGAUUAUUUAUCUUGCCCUCUUUGUUAUCUUUUAAACUGUUAAGUAAUUUGAUACAUUAAUGAGGCACAUUCAAAUAAAUUAACUAGAGAUUGAAAACAUUUUGAGCUAUAAUAGGGGGUUUCAACAGGAAAACUAUUAAAUUAACAAUUCUGUUUUUAGAUAAACUGUAAAAUAAUGAUUUGUUUUUUUCAUCAUUCGGAUGAUUCCAUUAUGGUGCCAUUUUGCCUACAAUUAAAAGUUUCCGGGGGGCAUGGUGGCUUAAUGGUUAGCACGCUUGGGUUGGGGGCUCGAUUCCCGGCUCCGCGUUUUGUGUGUGUGUGUGUGUGUGUGUGGAGUUUGCUUGUGCUUUGGGGGUUUGCUCUGAGUACUCAUGUUUCCUCCCCCAAUCCAAAGACGUGUCGUAGGCUGAUUUGCAUCUCUAAAUUGUCUGUGAUGUGUGUGCGAUUGUGCUCUGUGAUGUUUUGGCGCUCCAUCCAGGAUGUCCCCCGCCUUGUGCCCCGAGUUCCCUGGGAUAGGCUCCAGGCUAUGUAGGGUAGAGCCUGUGUAGGAUAAGCGGUACAGAGAAUGGAUGGAUGGAUGGAUGGAUGUGCUUUCAAAGUGACCUCAUAAGUCAGUAUCACUGAAAACAAGAUGUGACUUUUCUUCUUCUCAUCAUCUUCAGGAAAUUUGAUGAAAUAAUUGAGUCUUUAUUACAAGGUGUCUAUGCUGAUAGUGGCUGCAGUUUGCAGGUGGAAAGUAACAGUUUUUUUUUUUUUUUUUGCAUUCUUAAUGCAAUUAAGCAGGACAUUAUUAAUAAACUUUUUUUUGUUGUUGUUAAAAAUAUUUCAAUAUUAAAUUAUUUGUUAUA